CAGAUCAUCACUGACAGCGGAACCCAAUUCGAGGCCGGAGGGUUCAAUGAGUUUCUACAGAGCUGGGGCAUAAAACACAGCUAUGCAGCGGUCGGGUACCCCCAAACCAAUAGGCAGGUUGAGAACACCAAUCGUACCAUCAUGGACGGCCUCAAGAAGAAGAUAAUGGAAUGCAAAAGUGCCUGGGUGGAAGAAGUGCCCUAUAUUUUGUGGACCUACAGAACUACCCCAAGGAAGGCCACAGGUGAAACUCCUUUCUUGCUCACAUAUGGAUUUGAAGCAAGGGCUCCAGCGGAGACCUCGUUGUUAAGUUAUAGAGUAGAGACGUUUGAUGCUCAAGGAAAUGAGGAGAACCUGAGGGCAGAACUGCACCUCAUUGAUGAGCGAAGGGAAAGGGCAUAUAUGCGGGCAGAAAACUACCGCCGGCAGGUCAAGUCAUAUCACGACCAGCGGGUGCGACCAAGGCAAUUCAAGGUGGGCGACUGGGUCCUUCGGAAGAGGGAGAUCAGCCGGCCGACCGAUGGAGGGAAGUUUGCUAAAAGCUUCGAGGGGCCAUAUAUCAUAAAGGAGGCGUUGGCUGAUGGGACAUUUAGAUUGCAGACUCCAACCGGUGGCGACGUUCCGCGAGUAUGGAAUGCCGCCAACCUUAUCAAAUUUUAUCAAUAGAUUGUAUUCCAGCCAUGUCUUUUUCUUGAAGUUUAAUAAAACCAGCUUUCUGGCACAUCUUGUCUCUGAUUCUCGGAAAAAAAAAGGGAGCGACCACAAGAGAUCGCUAAAAUUGCACGGUGAUUCGUGCUAAGAUACCCAGUAGUGGGUGAAGCGUCGAACCCAGUCAAGCGACCAAGGUUGAAGACGACGCCGUGGCAAGAAAGCCUGAGAGAACGG